AAGAGACGCGGCAAUGUUCGAGUUUGUGGCGGCAGCACUUCAGGCGAUUGGCAGCGACGGCCAUGCAGUUCAGUUGGACUCAGCUGACUGCUCUUACUUCUCUUGCGACCACAGCAGCGACUAUGUUGGCACCCUCUCGAAUGGGGCAGAUGACAAGCUGACCACCGACGGAGUGAUCUACCCUGCCUACAGCAGUGGAGCCCAGGAUGCAGGAAGCAGUCAGCUGACUCUGGUUGAUGAUGGCAAGACUGCUUUGUAUGAGCUCCCGGACAACAGCGCUGACUACGUUGGCACUCCUCCUGAGCCCUUGACUGGAGACGGAGUGAUCUACCCUGCCUACGAUCCGUCGUACUCGGCAGUGCCCAACGACGUCAACGCUGCUUUGUAUGAGCUCCCGGACAACAGCGCUGACUAUGUCGGCACUCCUCCUGAGCCCUUGACUGGAGACGGAGUGAUCUACCCUGCCUACGAUCCGUCGUACUCGGCAGUGCCCAACGACGGCAACACUGCUUUGUAUGAGCUCCCGGACAACAGCGCUGACUAUGUCGGCACUCCUCCUGAGCCCUUGACUGGAGACGGAGUGAUCUACCCUGCCUACGAUCCGUCGUACUCGGCAGUGCCCAACGACGGCAACGCUGCUUUGUAUGAGCUCCCGGACAACAGUGGAGACUAUGUCGGAAGCGAUGGUUCCCUUCUUGGGGACGGAGUGAUCUACCCUGCCCAGGAGAAGGCUAUCCCUGUCUCUAUGCUCGCAGAAUCUGCAAGCCAUGAUGGUGCCUAUUAUUGCGCUGACACCUCCGAUCUUCCCGCCGACGCUCAAUGCGGAACUGAGGUGGUUGAUCCGGUUCUCAAGCCGAUCGAGUACCCUGUGGCUGCUGAAUUGGCUGCUCCUGUUGUUACUGCGGUACCUGCCAAAGCCGGAUCUCUCGCCAAACCGGCCCGUCCAACUCCAGGCCACUUUGUGCUCAUGGCUCCAGCUGCUUUGUUUGGAGCUGCUGAGGCUACCAUGAGCAAGCUCUCGGACCCUAAGGAAACUCGUGGUUGGACCGAGUUGUUUGCGGAGAAGACCACUGCAGCUGCGAAUGCUGUUACACCUGUUGGAGGUUAUAUCCUAAAGUCUGCUCUAAAGGCUUAAGUUCCUCGUCAACUCUAUGGAACAGUUAAGUGAGGGGGAUGGUUAAGCGUGCCUUGAAAAAUGUGAAGGUGUGCGUUCCUUUUCUGUCGUAGGAUGUUGUGAAACUGUUUCAAACAACGCCCUUCAAUUAUAUACAAACGCAUAAACGACAGCGAUUGCUCAAUCACAGUUUCACAUGCUACAUCCAAGUGUGCUGUCCCUGCAUAUGGUUCAAAGUCCAUAGGCUGCUGUCAAACAAACCAUCCAUGUAGCAAGUACAACCGAGUAUAUGCACAGUCUAACUGUCAUCGAAUAACCAAGAAGCUUCCAGAACAUGGUCAUGAUUCAUAACAUGUGCUUGAAAAUGAGGAAGCGAGAUUCUAGACGUGGCAUUUAUCUCCUGAACUUUCCAAAAAUGUGCAGGAGAAUAACGAAGGCAAUGAAGAGCAAGGAGACGACAAGAACUGUCGUCGGGCCGAUUUUCAAUCCCGCUGCGUCAUCGGUGUAGUACCUCCAGAUGCCUCCACCUCCACCUCCUCCACGAUUGCCGCUUCCAGAGUAUCUCUUCACAGCACCCCCGGUUCUGUUGCCCUGCUUGGAGGGAGUGUUGCUGCUGUUUCCUCCUCCUCCUCCGCGCUUGCUCACAGCUGU